GGCGUGCCCCGCGCGCGGGUGAGAGGUCGCGGCGGCGAGCGCCGAGCCCAUGGCGGCGGUGACGGCGGCGGCCUGAGGCGGCGGCGGCUCCGCUCCCACCCUCCGACCAUGCAUAGCCUGGCCACGGCCGCGCCUGUGCCAACAGCACUGGCUCAGGUUGACCGUGAAAAGAUCUACCAAUGGAUCAAUGAGCUGUCCAGCCCUGAGACACGGGAGAAUGCACUGCUGGAGCUGAGCAAGAAGCGCGAGUCCGUGCCUGACCUCGCCCCAAUGCUGUGGCACUCGUUUGGCACCAUCGCAGCUCUCCUUCAGGAAAUUGUAAAUAUUUAUCCAUCAAUCAACCCUCCGACUUUGACAGCCCAUCAGUCCAACAGAGUCUGCAAUGCUUUAGCUCUACUACAGUGUGUUGCAUCACACCCUGAAACAAGAUCAGCUUUUCUGGCAGCUCAUAUUCCUCUCUUCCUGUACCCCUUCCUGCACACGGUCAGCAAGACCCGUCCGUUUGAGUACCUGCGGCUCACAAGCCUCGGAGUCAUUGGGGCCUUGGUGAAAACGGACGAGCAAGAAGUGAUAAAUUUCUUAUUGACAACAGAAAUUAUCCCCCUGUGCUUACGUAUUAUGGAGUCUGGCAGUGAGCUCUCCAAAACGGUUGCUACGUUUAUUCUUCAGAAAAUCCUCCUGGAUGACACAGGGCUGGCAUAUAUCUGUCAGACUUAUGAGCGGUUUUCCCACGUUGCCAUGAUACUGGGUAAAAUGGUCCUGCAGCUCUCCAAGGAGCCGUCGGCACGGCUGCUGAAACACGUCGUCCGCUGCUACCUUCGCCUUUCCGAUAACCCCAGAUGUAGGGCACGUGAAGCUCUCAGGCAGUGCCUUCCUGACCAGCUGAAGGACACCACCUUUGCCCAGGUCCUGAAGGAUGACACCACCACCAAGCGCUGGCUGGCUCAGCUCGUCAAGAACCUGCAGGAGGGUCAAGUCACUGACCCACGGGGCAUCCCUCUUCCUCCGCAAUGACUGCUGGGGGAGGUGGGGCACUGGGGAAGAAACAGCUCAGGUUUACAAAGAACCAGGAACAGGUGACCUCUUCUGCAACAAACUGGGCACGCCAGCUGGCUGCUGGCCUGCCGGCCCAUCCCACCCAGCCAAAGGGCUGCUCUGUAGCAGUGCAGCAAGCCUCCGGGGAUCCCAACACCAGCAAAUGCUGAUACUACAGCUUCAAAAAAAAUCAAUAAAAACAAUCUGUGUAGAUCCCAGUCUCUCCGGGAGGCUUGGGUGGCAUCUCUUCCCCCACCUCCAGGCAGGGGACAGUGCAGAUGUCCACUCUUCCAGCAAACUCAGCCUCUGUCCAAGUGGUGCACAACAGCGGGUAUGUGCACCACAUCCCUCCAGUUCCUUGUCAGUUCUUGUUUACAUGUCUGUUUAGAUGAGUGAACUGAAUAAAAGCUGAUCCAGUUGUUUUAA